CAAAAGAAGCUUUAUUGUCACAGAAAUGUGUUGCUUUUUUAAUAUAGCCUGUUGCACUCGACCGCGGCAAGAGAAUCCCUUUGCAAAUCCUCGUGUUAAGCGCAGAUUUAUCUGGAGAGUAUUGCUCUUAUUGGACAUAUCCCUGAUAGUGAGCCUCCUGCCAUUGGUCCUGUUCUGGAGCUAUCCACCAUUGCACUUGUAUAUCAUAGAAGUAGCGUUUUUCUUUGCCGUUCCCGCCUUGCUGGCAUUCAUAAUAGUUCAAGCAAUCUUGUGCUUUGCAAUUAAAAUUUUCCGGCACAAGAUCUUCAGGAUUUCUUUCUUCAUAGUCUGGAUUAUAGUCCAUUCCAUUUUGAUUUCCGCGUCGGCAAUCUGGUAUCAUCCGUUGACGGUUUUGGUACCUUGUGGAACUAUGGCCUUUGUGAUCCUGGCCAUGAUUGUGUAUUCAAAGUUUGCUCCGUGGCAAAUCGGUCAAAAGAUUCCUGUGGCAUACCUCUUUGCCGUCGGAUUGGUUAUGAUCAUUCACGCUAUCCUCUUUUUUUGUUUUCAGGAAUUUUUACUUUACGUUCUGUUGAACUUCGUACUCGUUCUCGUCCUGACCGUUGUGGUCCUGGUGGAUAUUGAACUAAUAGUUCGUGAUAAAACGCGUCACAAGUUUGGCAAGCAUGAAUAUAUUCUGGCUUCCAUGAUCGUUUUCCGUGACGUCAUAUGGAUAGUUAUCAUUAUAAUAAUAGUUUUGACGGCAUCGCGGCGCUGUAAUUGCCUUUCUGGUGGUGAUACUGGUGACAAUAGUACUGUGGAAAGUACCAGCAAAAGUAGUACUGUCGUAUCGUCUAGUAGCGAAUUUUCAUCUUAA